AAGUAUUCGAGAUAUCUGAAGUCCUGAUGAUACGCAGCGAGCAGUUCAACACAGCGGUACGAAAUACAAUAUAUCAUAAGACAUUUUCUUCCAAACAAAGCAUUUCCCUCUACACAGAUAUAUCAUCCAACAAGCAGCUGGCAUUUCUUGUACUGGCCAAUUAUCCUAUGAUGACCAGACAUCUUGUUUCAUUGUGAAGAGCCUGAUCAUCAGAUCCUGCCCACUACUUCAUCCUCAUCUCCUUGUAACACACCGCGACACUUCUGGUCAGCGAUGCCCAACAACAGCAGCAGUCUGGAUAAUUUGGAUGAAUUGCCGUGGGUGAAUGCCAACCCCUGCCCACCCUCAGUAGGCGGCACCACGCUCCUGAUAGUUGCCUACAGCACGGUGAUCGCUGUCGGCUUGGUAGGCAACUCCUGCCUGGUCUUUAUCAUAUUCCGGCAGAAGGAGAUGCGCAAUGUCACCAACAUCCUCAUCGCCAACCUGUCCUGCUCGGAUAUCCUGAUGUGUGUGGUGUGCCUGCCCGUCACGGUCAUCUACACCCUGAUGGACCGCUGGAUCCUCGGAGAGGCCCUGUGCAAGGUCACGCCCUUCGUCCAGUGCAUGUCUGUCACAGUGUCCAUCUUUUCCCUGGUGCUCAUCGCCCUGGAGCGCCACCAGCUGAUCAUCCACCCCACGGGCUGGACGCCGGUGGCGGGCCACUCCUACCUGGCGGUGGCCGUCACCUGGAUGGUGGCCUGCUUCAUCUCUCUGCCCUUCCUCUCCUUCAGCAUCCUCACCCACGAGCCCUUCCAGAACCUGAGCAUCCCCUUCAACCCGUUCAGCGACCACGCCAUCUGCAUGGAGCUGUGGCCGUCCGAGCGCAACCGGCUGGCCUACACCACCUCGCUGCUGCUCUUCCAGUACUGCCUGCCACUGCUGCUCAUCCUGCUCUGUUACCUGCGCAUCUUCCUCCGCCUGCGCCGCCGCAAGGACAUGGUGGAGCAGGCCAGCGACGCGCGCCAGCGCAAGGCCCGCAGCGCGCAGCGCAUCAACGCCAUGCUGGUGGCCAUCGUGGUGGCCUUCGCCCUCUGCUGGCUGCCGCUCAACGUCUUCAACACGCUCUUCGACUGGUACCACCAGGCGCUGCCCGCCUGCCAGCACGACGUCAUCUUCUCGGCGUGCCACCUGACCGCCAUGGCGUCCACCUGCGUCAACCCGGUGGUCUACGGAUUCCUCAACAGCAACUUCCAGAAGGAGCUGAAGGCCAUGCUGCAGCGCUGCCGCUGCUGCUGGGGUGUACCCGAGAGCUACGAGAGCUUCCCGCUGUCCACCGUGGGCACGGACGUCACCAAGGUGUCUGCCAUGCACCAAGAUUCCUUCAAGGUCAAGGCAGAGGCUAGCGCUCGCAUUUAAUUUAAAAAGAUGGUUUGAACUGGAAAAAAAAAACUUAAACAAAGGGAGCAAAAGGGAAAAAAGAGAAGGAGAAAAGACAAGAAUAGAAAAGAAAGACACUAGGAUGAUUGACAGCCGAGGUGGUUCACAAAGACAUAUACUGUGAGACUGCCGUAUGAACUCCUGCAUCACUUGAUUCUCUGGACUUAAACCCAGUCCCUGUCUGUUGGCUAGCUUACAGUAGAUGCGCAAAGUACAUGCUGUAAUAUUAGCACAGAGCUAAUGCUUUUAGCUGUGUGUGCAUCUGGCUUUGUAAAGCCGAAACUCGCUGUUAAAACACCAGAAGUGGUGCUGAAUGUGUACUAGAUAAAGCUGCAAUGAAUUUUUUAACCCAGAGUUCAAAGGACAAUCAUGCUGCCUGAACUGGACUUAGAUUUAAAGCACUAUGUCCUUCCAUGCACUGACAAAGUGCUCUCAUCAGCCUUAAAGUGCUGAUUCUAAAGUCCUUGUUUGCUUGGAAUGGAUAUUUAUGGUUUGAAAUGUAUAGUAGCAAUCAAUACAUUAAAUCCUGUAUCUAAAACGGAAAUAUGUAUACAGCAUACGUAUAUGUAUACCUGUGUGUAGUAUUUUAAUGUAUUGUGAUCACAGUAUGUGAUUGUAGUGGUGUCAUUGUGAAAAAGAAUAUAAAUUAGAAUGCAGUUGUGCCUCCAUAAUGUAAACAGCUCUUUUUAACAUUUGAAAGUUGUCUUAUUAGUAUUCUAAAUAAAUUGUAUUGUCCCAAAGAAUUCAGUAUUUGCAUUACAUUGAAAUAAUUACAAGUAAUUUACAAAUAAUUUGUCUGUGUUUAAUCUAUUCUGCCAUAUAAAGUAUGUAUUUCAGUAUGUCUUUUAGACUGCAAAGGCUAAGAUCUUUAGUAUAUCUGUUUUAAUGGUAUAUGAACUGUAAUCAUGAAAUG